AUGAAUGCAAUUAAUAUGAACUGGUUAGCUUCGGCGGAAGGGGAAUCUUUGGUCCAUCACUUCUACGUGAACUCUUCUAAGAAAAGGCGAUUCUAUGGCAUCCUGGAGAAACCAUCGUUGCCUUCCUCCAUCGAGGAGGUCACUUAUAAAAUUUUUAUGAUAGGCAGAUCUGGUGUAGGGAAGACCUCGGUGGUAGCAAGACUCGCAGGCACUCCAGAGUCCAGUAAUUACACAGAGACCAAUGGCAUAAGGAAAACCAAUGUCUUCUGGCCCGUAAAGAUCUGGGACAAAGUUAUCCUCUUCAAGCUGCAAUUUUGGGACACCUCGGAGAGCAGUAUAAAAAGAUACAAUCACAUUCUACCGGCAUGCAAGGACAAAGUCGAUGCCCUGUGCUCUGUAUUUUCCUUUGACGACACGUCGAGUUUCAACGACAUCCCGUACUUGAUGAAUACAAUGACCACCGUAAAAGAGAAACCAGCGAAUAUACUGAUCGGCACAAAAUUUAAACCUUGGUCGAAUUCCGUGAUAGACGACAUGCAAAUCAAAGACUUCGAGGACAAGUGGAAAGUCAAGGUAAUCAAGAUUGACGCCAGCAAGUCGUCGACAAGAUCGGAGGUGUUCGAUUGCUCCUACCAGCUGAACGCUAUCUGCAACAUCUUGUGGAACAGAGACAAGGAAUUCAUAUCCAAGAUGAUGGGAUAAGUUCAGUAAUAGAUCACAGGCUAAUUAAUAUUUUUUUAUAUUGUUUUAUAUAAAAUAAAAAUACAUAAAAAAAAUUG